UUUCUUGGCUGGAGUGACGGCGGCAUGUCGGAAGGCCCUGGAUACGAUAACUCGCUCAAUGUAGCGGCAGGCGGCGUGUCCAUGGUCGUUUUGUUCGAUGCGUCCAAGAAGGAGGAGUUCUACCCCACGUCAGGGUACAAGAAACUGGCGCGAAAACUCAAGACGACUUGCAAGGUCGACGUGAACAAGGACGAUCUGUCUCUCGACCGACUCAAGCAAGCAAAUCUUGUUGUGUUCUCUGGUGUUCGCGAACGCUUUAGCUCGUCCGAGUUCCAAGCGUUGAAAGACUACAUGCGCGAAGGGGGCAGUCUGCUUUUCUGCAUGGGCGAAGGCGGUGAAAAGGAUACGAACCUGAACAGCUUCCUCAAGGAGUACGGGAUCAUUAUCAAUCAAGAUUCGGUCAUUCGCACUGUGUACCACAAGUACCAUCACCCGAAGGAAGUAUACAUCACGAGUGGUAUUGUGAACCGUGAAAUCGCUCGCGUGGCGAACGUGAUGUCGGGCAAAGGAAAGGACAUAUUCGCGCGCGACCCCGUUGCUGAUAAAGCUCAUGGAAUUGAAAAGGACCAAAAGGGACUCAAUUUCGUCUAUCCGUACGGGUCAACGUUGAACGUGAAGAAGCCCGCCGCGCCGAUCCUGAGUUCCGGCUUCAUCUCGUUCCCGAUGAACAGACCCAUUGGCGCCGUGUGGGCUCACGAUGGCGUGUCUGCUCCCGCCAAGGAGAAAAAGAACGGUCGAUUGGCAGUACUCGGUUCCAUGCACCUCUUUUCCGAUGACUGGCUCGACAAGGACGAGAACAGCCGGCUCCAAGACAUCCUAUUUCGAUGGCUCCUCAAAGACAAAGAAGUUCAGUUCGACCCAUUGGAUGCUGAAGAUCCCGACUUGAGCGACUACAACCGCCUUCCCGACACCCAGGCACUGUCGGAGCGCCUUCGAUCUUGCAUGCAGGAAGGCGAGGAGCUACCCAAAGACUUCACCAAGCUCUUUGAUAACACGCUGUUCAAGUUCGAUACGUCGCUCAUUCCUGAUGCCGUGGCUCUCUUCAAAGAGCUAGGUGUGAAGCAUGAACCACUGUCGCUCAUUCCUCCACAGUUUGAGACACCGUUGCCGCCUUUGAAACCCGCUGUAUUUCCGCCCAUUUUACGCGAAAUGCCGCCGCCAGCGCUGGAUCAAUUCGACCUCGACGAACACUUUGCCUCCGAGUCGCUCCGGCUUGCGCAGCUCACCAACAAGUGCUCCGACGACGAUUUGGACUACUACGUCAAGGAGGCGGCAGGGAUCCUCGGCAUCUUGCCCAAAUUGGAUCCCGAACGCAGCGACGCCAAACACGUGCUCGAGUUCUUGUUCACGAAGAUUGUAAACUUCAAGAAGCUCAACCAGGACGCGGCGAUGGUGAUGCUCCCGCUCAAGGACGAGAGCAAGGCUUUCCAGGACGACACGAUGCUCCUGGCAGACGAUAAGGACGUCGACGUGGACGACGCUGCAGAUGCGAAGGCGUUCAGAAAAUAGAGGGCACAGGGUUCAAUAAAUUGAGUUGGCUGCGUUGGCGAACGCUUGAAGAGACCCCGGCAGUCGGUGCGAAUCGUACAUGGCGAGGAACUGACAUGCCACGGACUUGAUGUGCACAUGGGCGAACACAUCUGUCGAGCGCACAAAGUCGUCCAUCCUACGAGACCACGCAUGGGGCUGCCAUGAACGAACGAUGACGUACCGAUGGAAGAGGCAUGACAAGUACAGCGCGCCCGCCGCCAGCUCGUCUGCUGUGAGCUGCAAUGCGACAGUUCCUAGCGGCGAGUUAAGUUGACAAACACCAUGCCGCGACCGACCUGACAUGGCGUCAUUUAGAAACACGUCCGCAACAUUCAGAACGUUUUCCCGAGCCAUGUCGACUUGUGCGAUGGCUUCGUCCGCUAGCGCGGCGAGUGCCAGGUGGGGUUGCGGCACCACGACGUCGUAGGAGAGCGUAUUGAGCAACACAACUUCGUAUUGCCGGAUGCGCUGUUUCACAUGGUCGAUGUCGGCCGGCGUGACGGAGGACGACUUGUCUGGGGCAUCACUCGCCAGCAUCAAACUCGCCUCCGUGAGUUGCGUCAACUUGACGGUGCGUUCGUUGACCUUGGCGCUGAGGAAUACCGCGGCAGACCCGACAAGGUAGCGGUCGUGGGAAGAGAACGAGUGCAACAUGAAAAAGCGGUUCAUGUACGUCAUCGCGGUGACUGUCGCCACAUGUGGGAGGUCCAACUUGCGUGUCAGGUCGACGAUGUACCAAGAGGUUGUCCUUCGAAGCUGGGUCUCCACGUCAAUAGGAAUUCCAGCCAAGUACGACGGGGUUACAAGAGGUGUCGUCGACGAGAAGAGCCAAUGUGAACGCGGGUCGGAAGGGCCGAGGGACUCAAUGGCAUUGGGUGUCUUGCGUGGUCGAUGAGAUUCCACGGGAGGCGGCGGAGACAGCGGCAUCGAGAGAGCAAUUGGAGGGGGAGACGAUUGCGGCGUGUUGCUCUUCUUGUUUGAGAACCGCACGCGGAGUCGUCUACCUUGAAAAAUCGAGUCGUCCUUCUUCACCACAGCAGCUCGUCCGCCCGCGACGUCAGUGAACUCGACAAACGUAAAUCGCCCGCUGUUGUUCUCCAUCAUGUCAAUUCUGUAUAUCGCGCCGCAUUCUUCAAAGUGUCGCCGUAAGUCUUCCUUCGUCACAUGCUCGCCGUAGCAGCUCACGAACACAGUCGGCGACGACUCCAU